CUGUGGUUUAUUAAUAUAUGUAGGAGAUUAAGUGCGCCAAGUUCAGGAUCAGCUAGAAGACGAGCUCGAGAGAGAUUGAGGGCAGAACAGACUCGAGCUGAAGGAGAAAAACUAGCUAGAGAGAGGAAGAAACAACGACUGAAAGACAAAUUAGAUCAACAGAAACAGGCUCGUAUAGAGCUGGCUUCUUACGAGCCCUGGGGCCGCGCUGGUGGCGGAGCUCCGAAUCCUCGAGGCGUGAGAUAUGGAGAUUUACGAGCUCUUGGUAUAUACCCAGAAGAUGAACUCAAGGGAGUAUCAGCUCAUGACAUUUGUCGACGCUGGUGUCUUCGUACAAGACGUACUCCGAUCCGUCUCCGUGAAGAUCCUCAACUAUGUUACUCGGAGAUGCUGAGACAAACAGUUGACAACGACAUCAGAUAUAAAAAAUCACCCCAUCAACAAGAAGAGUAUAAGAAAAUAUUGGACGAUAUGGUUGACAGGAGACAGAAAGCUAUAAAAGAAGAGAUGAAAAGAAAUUUGGAAUAUGAACGCAAAAUGCAUACUAUGGACGGACCGUGGGGUAAACCUGGCCCCGGUGGUACAAUUUGGAGGAACCCUCGAAAUAUUGGAUUAAAUUUCUCAAAGUCUAUGGGUUGGACGGAUAACGAAAUUUUCAACAAAAUACGAGGCGACCAGAAACGUAAAAAAUCGUCCCUAACUUUACCCAAAGUAAAGACAGCAGAUGAUGAUUUGAAAAACGACGAAGUCGCUAACAAAGAGAAUAUAAAACCAUCAAGUGUAUCACAUUUACCAGAUAUACGGAAACAAUCGAACACAGAUGACGGAAGAUGUAAUUACGUAAAUAAGAAGGAUGUCAGAGAAAUAUACGGAACUGAAGCAACUAGGAAUCAAAAACCGAAGUUCGUAAAGAGAUUAUCAAACGGUGAUAGAGUGAAACGUUCACUUGAUAGUGAUAAUGUUGAUGAGAAGAAACUAACACCAGAAGAAGCUAUACUUCGUGUUACCGGCGGUAUAGAACUAGUUCCUUUACUAGCGAGGCGAAGACGUGUAGGUGCAAGAACGCUGCCCUCGAGCGACGUCACACGACCCCCAGAACAAAGUUGCGAAUGGAGGGAACUUCUUGAUAUGGAAUAUUUAAGAGAAUUAAAACAUCAAAUGCGAGUAAAAUGUGAAAAGAAAGAAGAGAAGCGUCGUGAGUCAGCUGAGAGCGUCCGUCAGCAUCAUACGACGUGGGCAUCACUAUGGGGUCGUCCAGGCCACGGCGCUCCUCAACGAGGUCGAUACGCUCGUUCAAACUUGGCACAACUGUUGUAUGUGCCGGCAUUGAACACACAUCAGACUUAA